GGAAUGGUCACGAGUAUUUGUUUAUCGAACCAAAAAUUUUAAUAUAUUUAACUAUGAUUGAAUACUGGAUUAUUACUAAAUUGGAACUUUUCAGAUGUUCAUUUGUUUGAAAAAUGAAGAAAAAAAAUUCCAAUUUCAUUUUCAUUUCAGAGAAAGUUUGCGAAAUACAGAAAGCAGUUUGUUGAUCACACUUAGAUUAUUUUCGGAGAUAAAUCUCGUGUUGUGAGAGGUGCAGGCUUGAUAUAUAUCAGAAAUGGCAAGCAAAGGCAUUCUAGAUUUGAUUGAUCGCCUUAAAAAAAUGGCAAAACCAGUUAUAAACGACAGGAGGCAAAAGAAAUACUGUAAAUACAUAUCUCUGUUUUUAUCUCAUUUUGGGCAAGAACGAUGUAUGGUAGCUGGAAGUACUAAGGAGAACACAAGAUUGAGGCUAAAAGGAAAUGAAGGAGAUUUUGAUUAUUUGAUAAUUUCUGGAAUUUCCAUCCCAAUUGAAUGCUUAGAAUAUAGGAAGAACUUACCAUGUUUUGUAUAUAUUAAUGGAAGUACGUUGAAAAAUCUGUUUCCGGGAGUUGAGCUGAUCGACGGAAAAUAUUUGCCAAGUGACUUACUUAGUGACAUCAGAUCGGAAGCUUUCAAACAUAGUAGAAAUAUUCAUAAAAUAGUAACUCAGAUGGAUUCAACACGUGGUCAAAACACACUGCAUAUUUCUUUAGAUCAUAAAAUUAAACCUGGGUUGUCAUUGGUGCAUUAUGCAGAUCCUAAAUGCCCAGAAUUAAGCAUGGAACAAAACAAACAAAAGAAAGACACCGGACAAAUCAAGCAAAACGUCGAGAAAAAUCUUCAAGGAGAAUCAUGUGAAUUUAAAAAAAUGAUAUGCAGCGGAGUUAAAGCGAUCAGCAGUGUUGUUGAGGGAUGGGAAGAAUUAAACCAGUCUCCUAACACCAAGAAGACUAUUUUCCAUCAGACAUACGAUCCCGUCAUUAAAGCAUUUAAAACCAGUGAAGACAUAUUGCGUCAAACAUCUCAAUCACAUCCAAAGAAACCAAAAUUAGAUUCUAGCAAUGAUCUUUCAACUUCUAAUGAUGUGCCAUCGACCUCCGGUUUAUCAGGUAGAUUAAAUAAUGGGAGUCAGAGAGAAGAAGAUGCUCGAGGGAAUGAUGAAGACGAUGAAGUCACUAUUCAGUAUAGAUAUAAAACAAGCAAAGAUUUCAUUCCGGUCUUUCCUCUAAAAGGUAAACCUAAGUAUUUAGAUGAGUGGCAAAACCGGAAAAGAAAUUGGCCUCCGACAGAUGUGGUUACAGAUAUAUAUAACAGUGAGUUUUUCGUCGUUGCUAAACCUGCCCUUGUGGAACCAUCAAAAGAUAUUGAUUUUUGUCUUGCAUGCAAUAUAGGAGAAAUCAAGUUAGCUAAAGCAAUGACUCAACUACAACGAGACGUCAUCCUUAUCAUAAAAGCCUUACAGAAAAUUUCAUUGCGAGAUUAUACUGAAAUACUGACAACGUUUCACUGGAAAACUGUUGUAUACUGGGUGUCCGAGAUAACUGAAACUCAAAUACUUGAAAACAGAACAGAAGAAAAUAUUCUUCAAUUUCUUCAAAAUGUUCUGAGGUAUAUGGUUGAUUGCUUGUGUAAAAAUGCUCUGCAACAUUAUUUUGUUCCUAGCAAUCUCUUUGUCGGUAUACAUGAAAAUGAAAUACAUGACAUAGUACAGAAGAUUUUUGAAAUUCAAGAAGACCCUAUGAGGAAUUUACAGAAUUUUUUCAACAAACAAAGUACUGAUGAAGUUAACAAAAACUUUGACAUUAUUUCUAGGAGCAAGAUCAAAGAAUUUCAAGAAAUGCAUUCCGAUCCAGGUGAAAACGCCAUAGUCGAAUCUGUCGUUUCACUUCUAAGAGGAUUCGUCAUUGAGAAUAGAGAAGUUCUGAGGAGAGCUUUAAUUGAUGUUUUAACAGAAGCAGUUCCAUUUUUAAUUGAAGAAACCAGGGAACGUGACCCUAACGGCAAGGAUGUUAACUCGCAAAUUAUCCAAGCCCUUUCAAGAACAGAUAGUAUACGAAGCACUUUGAUUGAUGUUGCUGUAUCCUGGUUACUUGGCGAAAUGCAUAGUACUGAAGCACCAAAAGUGGAAGAUUGCACUCGGAAUAUGUUUGUACUUGCGAUGCAUAAAAUUUUAACUGCAAACUGAUGUUAACUUGUAAAAAAAAUUUUCAACUUGCUGCUGUAGAAAUGUCUAUUUCUAUCUUUGUCUGUAAAUCAUCAAAUUAUUAUGAAUAAAAAAUAAUAUAUUAAA